AUGUCGCUCGAGGGCUUCGCAGAACUGCGGGCGCAGAUGGAAGCGUUUCAGGGUCGCGUGCACGGCCACCUAGGCCAGCAGCGACACGCGAUGGAGCAACUGCUGGCCGCGCACCGACAGGAAGUGGAGAAGCUCCGGCUGCGCACCGGGGCCGUGCAGCAGCAGCUGGCGCGGCUCGCAGGUGAGGAGCAAGAGCUGCGACAAAACAUCAGCAGUCUCCAGGAGCGCACGCAGCACACGACCGCGCAACGGGACGCGUACGCAGCGCAGCGCCAAAAGCUGGCCGCAGAGCGCACACAGCUGGAACAUGACCGCGCAGAAUUGCACGCCAUGCUGGCGCGCAAGCAAGCCGAGCUGCAGCGGCAAAGGGAGGCCAUUAAGCGGCAGCACAUGCGCGAUAACCCGGAGGUGCGCGUGUACGAACAGCUGCUGGGCCUUUACGUGCGCGCAUCGCGCCCGGACUCGCUCGAGUUUGCCUUUCGCAACGUGUCGGAGGCGGACGCGCGCGCGGAGUGCUCCUUCACGCUAGAUCUUGGUGCGGACGGAUACCGUGUCGCCGCUGCGCAGCCGCCGUUGCCGCUGGAGCGUCUCCGUGAUCUGGAGCGCGACCUGGGCUCCUCAGGCGACCUGCCAGCCUUUCUCAAGGCUAUCCGAGCUGCGCUCGUGACCGCGAUGGCCGGGCAGGCUGACGCGUAA